AAAAAAAAAAAAAAGUAUAUAUUUGCUAGUUUUGUCAGCUGAGAGGGUCAAGAAUCAAUAACACUAAGGUAGCAGCGAUCACACCUAGCACUCAGUUCUUUGUUUCUAACUACAUUUUCCACAAAUAGGAACCAGAAGUCCUAGGAGAAAUAUCUGAUCUCAUGGCUAGGGUAGGGAAAAUACCCAGUGAACUUGAAAAAUAUCUAAUGAACUUGGAACACACAGUAUCAGAAAGUAAACCAGUGCGCAAAGAGCUCAUAUCAUGAUGAACAGGAGGAGCCAGAAGGCAAGAGGGGACUGCUUGAAGAGGAUUUUACUGGCAAAAUCUGAGACAACCAGAGAAUCAAAAUACAUAAUAACAGUAGUAGAUGUGAACUCAUUAAUAUAACAAGAAUUCACAAAUCCACACUGGUAUAAACAAAUAAAUAAUAUAGAUGGAAAGCUUUUUCUCAGAGCAUAAUGCCAAAAAAUCAACAUAGAAUGAGUUGGAGUAUCUCAAUUUUUCACCAGAUAGUAGUAACUUUUUAGGGGAAAAAUAAUUUUAGAGUGCAGAAUUCUGGAGAGAAACACCUUAAUCAACUGUUCAAGUUUAGCAGCACCAGUAAUGGAUAAAAACUAGUAUCUGGUACAUCCUGAGAUCAUGCACUAAGGACAGGAAUUGAUCAUAAUCCAGAAAGACAUAAUCUUGAAUGUUGGAAUCGCUGAAGAUCAAAAUGUUAAAAAUAUAACUCUGGAAAAAAUAAUUUUAAAUUAUUUAGAAGAUAUUGAUUGAUUUACAUUUCUUUGUUUUCUUUUUUUUUUUUUUUUUCUGGGACAGACUCUCGCUCUGUCACUCAGCUGGAGUGCAUUUCCCUUCCUUCCUCCCUUCCAUUUUUUUUUUUUUUCUGAGACAGUCUCUCGUUCUGUCACCCAGAUUGGAGUGCAGUGACGUGAUCUCGGCCUCCCAGGUUCAAGUGAUUCUUGUACCUCAGCCUCCUGAGUAGCUGGGAUUACAGGCAUGUACCACCAUGCCAUGCCCAGCUAAUUUUUUGUAUUUUUAGUAGAGACAGCGCUUCACUAUGUUGGCCAGGCUGGUCUCAAACUCCUGGCCACAAGUAAUCCACUGGCCUUGGUCUCCCAAAGUACUGGGUUUACAAGUGUGAGCCACUGCGCCUGGCAGAGAUGGAGCAUCUCAAUAAAUUUUGUCAUUUGGAAGGGCAGACUAGAGCAACAACACAGCUGUAACUAGUAUAGAAAUAGCAGUCAAUUUUCAAAGAGGGGAAUGUAUGGCAUUGUGUGGUUAGCAUACUAACCUUGUUUUUAUGUGUAAACAAAAUUGUGAAAAGGUCUUUUUUUAGUUUAGAAAAUGAAUCUAGAAUGUGAGACUUCGUUUUUUAAAAAACAAAAAUAUAGAUUGAUAAGUGUAUUAGUCCAUUCCCGCAUUGCUAUAAAGAAAUACCUGAGUCUGGGUAAUUUAUAAAGAGGUUUCAUUGGCUCACACAGAGUCCUGCAGGCUGUAGAGGAAACAUGGCAGCAUCAGCUCAGCUUCUGGGGAGGCCUCAGGAAACUUACAACCAUGCUGCAAGGCGACUAGGGAGCCAGCACUUCUCAUGGCCAGAGUAGGAGGAAAAGAGUGAGGAGUGAGGUGCUACACAAUUUUAAACAAGCAGAUCUCAUGAGAACUCUAUCAGGAGAACAGCACUAGGGGGAUGGUGCUAAACCAUUAGAAACCUCCCCGAUGAUCCAAUCGCCUCCCACCAGGCCCCAACUCCAACACUGGGGAUUACAUUUCAACAUGAGAUUUGGGUUGGGACACAGAUCUAAACCAUAUCAAUAGGCCAAUGUAUGUUUAUGGGGAGAAAAAAAUCUGGUUAUCUUUUUUUUUUUUUUUUUUUUUUUUUUUUCCGUGACGGAGUCUUGCUCUGUCGUCCAGGUUGGAGUGCAGUGGCACGAUCUCGGCUCACUGCAACCUCUGCCUCUCAGGUUCAAGCGAUUCUCCUACCUCAGUCUCCCGAGUAGCUGGAAUUACAGGCACGCACCACCAUGCCUGGCUAAUUUUUGUAUUCUUAGUAGAGAUGGGUUUUCACCAUGUUCUCCUGGCUGGUCUCGAACUCUUGACCUCAUGAUCCGCCCGCCUUGGCCUCCCAAAGUGUUGGGAUUACAGGCGUGAGCCACCGCUCCCAGCCCCUGGUUAUCUUGAAGAAAGAUUUUACAUCGGUUGUUUUCUGAUUUUGCUUUAUUCUAUUAUUAAUUUGUAUCAACCAACGUAAGCCAGAUUCCAAAUUGCUAACUAUAAUAACGAUAUUUUAACCAAAAAAUAUAAAGGAAGAAAAUAAAAUAUGUUCCUUCAUGUAUAGGAUCCCUCCUUAAUGCUAAUGCAUUAAAUAAAUCAUAGGCAUUGGGUGUCUGACAUCAAUGGCAAGCGCUUCACCAGUUAUACUUGCUUCGAAGUAUUGGGCAAUUUAAGAGCUUCUCUGAAAUUUGGUGUUUUUACCUCUUCAGUAGACAUAAUACCAUGAAAAGUGUAAAUGAAAGAAGAUAGCUUUUCCAUGAGGACAGGGCUUCCCCACUGGCCCUCUCAAAUGAUUGUUUUUCCUGCCAAACCAGUGGUAACACAGCGUCCGGAGUAGGGGCUGGCACCUUCUUUGUUCUUCAUUGCCUUUCCCAAACCAUUGUAACUUGCUCACUCUUUAAACUUUUAGUUUUGGCCUCAUAUUAUCAGUUUAUAGUAAUCAAUCAUCAAUCAUCUACUGACCCCUAAGAAGUCAUUCCCCGUUUAGUCCUUGAAGAUUGUAUCUCCUCGCUUGUUCUCUUUCCAAUAAUCCUCCUGUAGUCCUCGGAGGCGUUUAGACUUCAGGAAUUGCUGUCUAUUCAAUAUUUUCGCUCAAGGACUCAGGCAGAGGGAAGGACGACUCUCAGGGUCACAGUCCACAUUCCCUACCAGGCGCUCAGCGAUAUAGGAUUCGUUCCCCAUGGGCAGUGCGGGAAUCGUAGUCAAGGAGCACCGCGGAGUCCCAACGCUUUCCCCUGAAGGGUGAGAUUCUGAACGUUUUUCCCUCAGCAUUCUGAGUGUAAUCCAAACGCUCGGUGGAGUCGUGGUGCGUUUGACCCACGCAGGCGGAUCCGGGGAAUUCUGGGAAAUGUAGUCCCGACAAUCAGCGGAGUCGCGGGCACUUCCGCUCCAAGGAAGGGGGAGCGGUUGUCACGGCGCAUUCCACGGUAGUUUGUUCCAGUUCCGCGACUUGCGGGCCCUUCCUAAUGUCAGGGACUUAAGCUUGGGGCUCGCUGGGACCUGGUGGUCGGGUUAUGGGAAAAGAAGCCUCGUCCGAGAGCAGAGGUUUGGAGAGGCGAGGGCGGCGGCUUUUGUUGUGUCAGCGGAGCCUUCUUGGGCUGGGGCUCCCCUCGUGUCCCGCGGCCGGAGGCGGGGGGCAUUGGGACUUGGUUGGGUCGCGUCUCGCCUGGUUUCAGAGUUUCCGGCGCUCUGAGCUCGCCCACUCCGUCUCCCUGCACUCCAGGCGCGUAGUCACUUUUUUACAGUGCAAGGUUGGCGUGUUAAUCUCCCUGGGCCUCUCCUUGCUGUUCUUUAAAAUGGGGACGUUAGGACCAUCCUUGGAGAAUCGUUUUGGUAACUGGAAUAGGUUACACAACACAAGCAGUCCCUGUCACUUGCCUGAAAAAGGACAGCGCGGACUGACUUCUUGGCUAAUGAAAGCAAAGCUCCACUGUUCCAGGCACGAUUCUGCCUUCUCUCAAAUGGCAUAACUCAGUACUCUGCAAAUUCCCAGAAACAGGAGGAAAAAUGACCACAUUCAAGGAGGGACUGACCUUCAAGGAUGUGGCUGUGGUCUUCACUGAGGAGGAGCUGGGGCUGCUGGACCCUAUCCAGAGGAAUCUGUACCGAGAUGUGAUGCUGGAGAACUUCAGGAACCUGCUGUCAGUGGGGCAUCACCCCUUCAAACAUGAUGUAUUCCCUUUAGAAAAGGAAAAAAAGCUUGAUAUAAUGAAGACAGCAACUCAAAGAAAAGGGAAAUCAGCAGACAAGAUCCAAAGUGAGAUGGAGACUGUUCCAGAAGCAGGACGACAUGAAGAGCUUUACUGGGGGCAAAUCUGGAAACAGAUUGCAAGUGAUUUAAUCAAGUAUGAAGACUCUAUGAUAAAUAUUUCUCGGUUCCCUAGACAAGGUGAUUUGUCCUGCCAGGUUAGGGCAGGACUAUAUACAACUCACACAGGACAGAAACUUUACCAAUGUGAUGAGUACAAAAAAUCCUUCACUGAUGUCUGCAACUUUGAUCUUCAUCAACAGUUACACUCAGGAGAGAAGUCUCAUACAUGUGAUGAGUGUGGAAAAAGCUUCUGUUACAUCUCAGCCCUUCAUAUUCAUCAGAGAGUCCACAUGGGAGAGAAACGCUAUAAGUGUGACAUGUGUGGUAAGGAAUUUAGUCAGAGCUCACAUCUUCAAACUCAUCAGAGAGUCCACACUGUAGAGAAACCAUUCAAAUGUGUGGAAUGUGGGAAAGGCUUCAGUCGUAAAUCAACACUUACUGUACAUUGCAAAUUACACUCAGGAGAGAAACCUUACAAUUGUGAGGAAUGUGGGAGGGCCUUCAUACAUGCUUCCCAUCUUCAGGAACAUCAGAGAAUCCAUACUGGGGAGAAACCAUUCAAAUGUGAUACAUGUGGUAAGAACUUCCGUCGUAGAUCAGCACUUAAUAAUCAUUGCAUGGUCCACACAGGAGAGAAACCAUACAAAUGUGAGGACUGUGGUAAGUGUUUCACUUGUAGCUCAAACCUUCGUAUCCAUCAAAGGGUCCACACGGGAGAGAAACCUUACAAGUGUGAAGAAUGUGGUAAGUGCUUUAUUCAGCCUUCACAAUUUCAGGCCCAUCGGAGAAUCCACACUGGAGAGAAACCAUAUGUAUGUAAAGUGUGUGGUAAGGGUUUCAUUUACAGUUCAAGUUUUCAGGCCCAUCAGGGAGUCCACACUGGAGAGAAGCCAUACAAAUGCAAUGAGUGUGGGAAGAGCUUCAGAAUGAAAAUUCAUUAUCAAGUGCAUCUGGUAGUCCACACAGGGGAAAAACCCUAUAAAUGUGAAGUAUGUGGUAAAGCCUUCCGUCAGAGUUCAUAUCUUAAAAUCCAUCUGAAAGCACAUAGUGUACAGAAACCUUAUAAGUGUGAAGAGUGUGGGCAGGGCUUCAAUCAAAGCUCACGACUUCAGAUUCACCAGCUGAUCCAUACCGGCGAGAAACCAUACAAAUGUGAAGAGUGCGGAAAGGGAUUCAGUCGUAGAGCAGAUCUUAAAAUUCAUUGUAGGAUCCACACAGGGGAGAAACCAUAUAAUUGUGAGGAGUGUGGGAAGGUCUUCAGUCAGGCCUCGCAUCUUCUAACCCAUCAGAGAGUUCACAGUGGGGAAAAACCAUUUAAAUGUGAAGAAUGUGGGAAGAGCUUCAGUCGGAGUGCACACCUUCAAGCCCAUCAAAAAGUCCACACUGGAGAAAAGCCAUACAAAUGUGGGGAGUGUGGAAAGGGCUUCAAGUGGAGCUUGAACCUUGACAUGCAUCAGAGGGUGCACACAGGAGAAAAACCCUAUACAUGUGGGGAGUGUGGGAAGCACUUCAGUCAGGCCUCAAGUCUCCAACUUCAUCAGAGUGUCCACACAGGAGAGAAACCAUACAAAUGUGAUGUGUGUGGUAAAGUCUUCAGUCGGUCUUCACAACUACAGUAUCAUAGGCGAGUUCACACUGGGGAAAAACCUUACAAAUGUGAGAUAUGUGGUAAGAGGUUCAGCUGGCGAUCAAAUCUUGUAAGUCAUCACAAAAUUCAUGCUGCUGGUACAUUUUAUGAAAAUGAUGAGAAUAGUAAGAACAUCAGAGAGUUGUCAGAGGGAGGAAGUUCUACAAGGUGAUUAAAAAAAAAAAACAGAACUCAUGUACAACCUGAAUGCUUGUAAUCAGAUUUCAUAGGAGAGAAAAAUUUUAUCAACCUCCUUGAAUUUAUUUGAUUUGUAACGCUCCACAUUUCCACCUAGACUUUGUUUUUUUUUGAAAUGGGGUCUCGCCCUGUUGCCCAUGCUGGAUGCAGUGGUGCGAUCUUAGCUCACUGCAACCUCCACUUCCCGGGUUCAAGCGAUUCUCCUGCCUCAGUGGAUUACAGGUGCACACCACCACGCCUGGCUAAUUUUUGUAUUUUUAGUAGAGAUGGGGUUUCGCCAUACUGGCCAGGCUGGUCUCGAACUCCUGACCUCAUGUGAUCCACCCACCUCAGCCUCCCAAAGUGCUGGGAUUACAGGCAUGAGCCACCACCCCUGGCCUCCAUCUAGACUUUGAAAUGAUUGCCUUCUAAUUACAGUAGCAUUCUCUUAUUUAAAAUAUUUGUUUUAGUUAAGCCAGUGUUUAAGCAAUAGCUCAACAUAUCCCAGUGGUCCAGUGACCACACAGCUGAGAACCCUUGUUAAGUGGUACAGUAAAGCAUUCUGUCAAAACUUUGAUAUUUAUGACAUGUCACCUAGGAAAUGGGACUUAGAAAUGAGUUUGACCUGAGCUUUAAAAAAGUAUACUGAUGAAGGUGCCAGGAUUGAUGUCCAUUAGACUGUAAGCUCCAUGGGGGCAGGAAUUUUGCUGCUGAAUCUAUACAACCUUAACAUUGACUAGUGCUUGUAGGUGUGCUCAAUACUUGUUUGUUAACUUAAUCAAAAGGAGUAAAUGCACAAUAUUUGAACAUUGUAUCCAAAGGAAGAAAACUGCAAAAUAAAAUUAUUUGUGGAAAUGAA